AUGUAUCCACCCCUCCAGAUUGAUCCAGAUAGAGAUAUAAUUCUCUUCACACCAAAAGAUCCCCUGAUUGACAUCAGCAAAGGCACUGUGCCUGGAAACUACGCCCGCUUUCAAAUCUCAUCGAGGCACCUCACACUUACGUCAGUUUAUUACAGAGUAUGCUAA